UUAAUGUAGUUUUCCCAGCCUACGUGCAGACAGACAUGAACUAUCAGUAGUAAAGACGAGAGGAAUCCCCUGAUCCACUGACGACACGAGCAGACUCCUGCCUCUGCCGGUGGAGGUGAUGCUACUCCUCGGAACCCUGUGUCUGACCCUCCUCACCGUGGCCCCGCCGGUGCCCGUGGAGGCUCAGUAUGAGAAGUACAGCUUCAAAAGUUUCCCUCAGAAGGACAUCAUGCCACUGGACACCGCUUACGGCUACGCGCUGGAACUGUACGGGGCGCAGAACUGGAAGGAGAGCAUCAAGUACCUGGAGCUCAGCCUGCGGCUCCACCGGCUGCUGCAGGACAGCGAGACCUUCUGUGGCCGCAACUGCAGCACCGUGAGCCGGGACAAUGACACCCUGUUUUCCGACAGCAGCCUGCGCGUCAUGCGCCACAUCCUCCUGAGAGCCGACUGUCUUAAAAAGUGCAGGGCCAACUUUCCCGUCUUCAGCGUGUCUUAUCCACGGAGGGACGUGUUGGACACCUUCGAGCAAAGGAUACCAUAUCGGUACAUACAGUACGCGUACUACCAGCUCAAUAAUGUGGAGAAAGCCAUAGCAGCUGCUCACACCUUCCUGAAAAAGAACCCAACUGACCCCUACCUGACCAAGAACAUGAACUACUACAAGACCCUGUUCGACGUGGAGGAACAUCUCAUUGACCACGAGGAGCAGCCAUACGAGAGUGUGUUCCUGAAGAGUGUGACGCUCUACAACAAUGGAGAUUUUAGCAACAGUGCCCGGAACAUGGAGCAGGCCAUCUCGCAGUACUUUGAAAUAUACAACCAGUGCUUGGCAGGCUGUGAGGGCUCGUACGAGAUCUUGGAGUACAAGGACUUCUACCCGACUCUGGCAGAUCUUUACACCAAUGUGCUGAAAUGUAAGGUCAAAUGUGAGGACCACCUGACACCCAGCGUUGGAGGCUUCUUCGUGGAAAAAUUUGUCGCCACAAUGUACCACUACCUUCAGUUUUCCUAUUAUAAAUUGAACGAUGCCAAGAACGCGGCCCCCUGCGCGGCCAGUUACAUGCUGUUCGACCCCAAAGACCAGGUGAUGCAACAAAACAUAGUGUACUAUCGGUUCUACCGGGAGCAGUGGGGCCUGGAGGACGGAGACUUUAAACCUCGGCCUGAAGCACUGAAGUAUUUUAACCAGACGACCAAACAGAAGGAGAUGCUGGAGUUUGCACUGAACUACUUACAAAUAGAUGAUGAGGACGUGGUCAACCCAGAAGAAUCUGUUCCGUCUCACUCUGAACACCCGGACGCAGAGUUUGAGGGGGUAGGAGAUUAUGAAGAGUCGUUCCUGGCUGAAUGGUGGCAAGAACCCAAAACAAAGUGGGACACUGGAGAGGAGGCCACCUGACCUCUGACCUCAUCUGUGAGCUGAAUGCUACUGUCAUUCUAAAAAUAACAAACCAAAGACUGGUGACCCCCCCCCCCACCCCAGUGACAAAUGGACCAACACCUCCAUCAGUAUUAAGUAGAAAUCUAACUCACCUUCGUGUUGUUUCUCGUCUUUCACGCACCUGAAGAAUCAGAGGACAAACGUCUUCAGAGAUUCACCUUUGUCAAGUGACAUGUGUCAGUGAUUCUCCCACAGUCUUUAUUUAAUGAAACAUAAAAGCCCAAGUUCUGCUGUGUAAGAAUCUGACAUGACCCCUGACUUUUCUUAUGCUGUUGUGAUCAUUUGUCAUAAUUAAAAUAUUUUAAUAUUUUAA